GCUCGUUGCACUUUCUAUUAAUGGUUAGGCAAAAACAACAAAAGUUAUAAGUUUGUUAUAUAAGUUAUAUAUAACAAACUCAUUAUAUUGUUCAAAAAAUAUUUUCUAAAAAAUUAUUUUCGGUGAAAAAUAUUUUUCCUUUUUUACCAAACACACUUCCACUUAAGUUAAGGUGAGUAGCUUUUUAGUUUACAAAACAUUUUAAUGAUUUUAGUGUGUUUUGUCUAUGGAAAAAUAAAAAUUUAGAGUUUAAAAUAAUUCGAGACUUCAACAAAUGAUAUUCCCGCCAACGAUCUGACCACAAAGAUUCUUUUUCUUUGCUUGUUUGACAAAAAUGCCCCUAUUAUAUUCCCAAAACUCAGCCUAUAAGUGAAAGGUAAAAGGGUAACUAUCCCUCAAAGGGUAGUCGUUGGUAACGAACUCUUUUUCAGUAUAAACAGAGCACAGCUCUUCUUCUUCACUUUUCUUCAUCAGUUUUCCGAUUCCGUUUUCUCUCUGCAAAAAAAAAUUGAAAUUCUCAGUGAUGAAAAAUGCUGCGAAGGAUUAGUUCGAAAGGAAUUGGAAUAGGUAAUACAUGACGAAUCCAGAUGAAAUUCCCCUGCCUGCUCACGAAAGCUUGAAGAGGGUACAUUCAUCAUUACAGCUUCAAUUUUUUCAUUUUCAUCAAUUUGAUACAAAAAUGUAACAAUAGAAUAAAUUUUUUAUUGUUAUGAUUCUAGAAUUUGUGAUUGAGACAUCGAGAAAUCAAUAUUUGUUUGCAUAUUGCAGAUCAAAAGAUGAUGCUAAUUUCUUAAAUCUAAAAUAGUGAUGAAUUUCGGUUAUCAGAAGAAUUUUAGGUGUAUCUUACUCUCUUCUGUGCCAUGUUGACUGCUACUUUUGGAUCCAUCUUGCACUUGAUCUGGGAAGCGGGAGGGUUGUUCACAGUCCUUUCUUCUCUAGCAAGUUUGCCCUGUCUUUACUUAACAUCACCAUGGAGUGUGAAGAAGAGGGUCUUACUCUUGAUGAUUGCUGCCUUUCCCUUCGGUGCUUCAAUUUGAAUUUUUACCAAAUAUCUCUUCGAAAUAGAUCAAGACGUUGUUGUCAGCUGCAGCAAUUGGCUUUUGAACUUUCUGGUUUGGUGCCUUGUUAUCAAGGAUAAGGGCCAUCCUCUACAUCGGUUGCCUUCUUCAUUCUCAUGCUCGCAUGUUGUGGUGGUUGGUGAUUACCUCUGACAUGAUCUUUGUCGGCUACACAGUUCAAUGGACGCUAAAGGUGUUCGCUGUACUGUCAAUGUUCAUGGGGAAUUGGACAAGACAAGACAUGAUGAGUUCUGCACCAAUUACCCAGCACGCUUACACAAGCUUGAAGACGGUAUAUGUUACUCUCUUGUUGGCCAUAUUGGCCACUACUUUUGGAUCCUACUUGCACUUGAUCUGGGAAACAGGGGGGAUGUUAUCAAUAAUUAAAUGUGGAUCAAGUUUACUCUUGCUUUACCGUACACCACAACAGAGAGUGUUGUCGAGGCUCUUAUACUUGAUGGAUGUUGCCAUUUGCUUCGGUGCUUCUGUUAGCCUUUUUACCAAGUAUUUCUUCGAAAUCGAUCAAAGCACUGUCAUUAGAUUUUUGCAAGGUGCAGCAAUUGUCUUUGGAUGUUUCUGGUGUGCAGCAAAAGUACAUAGGGAAAGGAGCUACAUCUACAUCACUAGCUUGUUUAGCACUUGUAUUCUAAUACUACUGCGGUUUGACGUUUCUCAGUGGACGUUAAAGGCAUACGUUCUGCUGGCACUCUUUAUGGGGUACCUUGUGCUAUAUAGCCAAGAGAUACUGUACAAUGCUCGCUUUGGAGAAAUCAACUUUGCCAACUGCGCAUUCACUAUCUUCUUCUGUUUACCAGCUAUUGUGGUCCAUGCUGUAAGACUAUGCCUGGGUGCAAACAUGCAUUGAGCAACACCGACAGAAUUAGUGCUGAUACACUUGGAACUAUAUAUAUACUCUGUGAUGAAGAAAACUUUGAAUAGAAUAUACUAUGUGAUGACUACAUUUUCUGUAAAUGAUGACUGCAUUUUACUGUAAACUCAUAGUCUGAAGCCAAGUGCUUUGAACAAAUAUACUUUGUGAUGAAGAAAACUUUGAAUAGAAUAUACUGCAGAAUUGUUCUUUCUUUUUUC